CUUGGCUCCCCUGUCCCGUGGGCCAGGGGAGCAGAUGGCUGGGAGAGCUAAGGAUGAAGAGAGGCAGUUUAGAAAUGGAAAUAGAGGGAUGAGAGAGGGCUAAUAGUGAGACACACAGAGAGAACAAAAGAGGCAGAGGAGAACAUCAGCGAGGCUGGUAGUUGGGGGACUUUCGACUGUAUAAACAGCAGCAAAAUUCAUGUUCGAUGUAACAUUAUAGAGACAAAGAAUUCAAACCUUUUCCCCGUUCAGAGUGCUGUGUUUUGUUUUGUCUUUCUCCCCUGGUUGUCGUUUGCAUAUCAUUACCUCUGACAUAUCAAAGACCCAACCUGAGCUGACAAAGAAAGACAGAUUGAAGCUGAAUAAUUCAUGCAGGGGAAAUUACAAUUUUUUAUCACACUUUUAUCUUUGAUAAGAUUUCCCCACAGUAACUGAACAGACUGAUGAGUGGAGGAAUUGAGUUUCUCACUAAAAGCAUCUGCAUUGACCUGAUAUCAUUUCCAAAAGGUGAGCACCUGCGGCUCUGUCCUCAGGACUACACCUGCUGCUCCAGUCAGAUGGAGGAGACGCUGGCUCUGCAGAGCGAGAGGGACUUCAUCAAAGCCAUCGAGGAGAACAGCCAGUUCCUUUUGACUACUUUUACCCAGAGACACCGCAGGUUUGAUGAGUUCUUCAGAGAGCUCAUAGAGUUGUCAGAGAAGUCUAUGAACCAGAUGUUUACCAAGACCUACGGCCGGCUCUUCACCCAGAAUGCACACGUCUUCCAGGAGCUGUUUGUGGAGCUGCGAAGAUAUUAUUCUGGGGGCAGCGUCAGUCUGUCAGAGGUUCUCUCAGACUUCUGGUCCAGACUGGUGGAGCGAGUCUUCUCUCUGGUUAACCCCCAGUAUCAGUUUAGCGAGGACUACCUGGAGUGUGUCAGCAAACACGCCGAACAGCUGCAGCCGUUCGGGGACGUGCCCCGCAGGCUGCGCGUACAAGUGUCCAGAGCUUUCAUUGCAGCCAGAGCUCUAUCUCAGGGCUUGGCCACUGGUCGGGACAUUGUUAACAAAGCAACAAAGUUGACUGCAGAUUCAGAGUGUGUGCGUGGCCUGAUGCGUCAGUGGUACUGCCCACUGUGUCGAGGCAUGCCCUCCCUGCGGCCCUGCCACUCCCUGUGCCUUAACGUGAUGAAGGGCUGCUUGGCCAAUCAGGGCGACCUGGACACCGAAUGGAACAAUUUCAUUGAUGCUCUGUACCAGGUUUCAGAAAAGUUGGAGGGGCCGUUCAACAUGGAGCUAGCAGCUGACUCCAUCUCUGUGAAAGUGUCGGAGGCCAUCAUGCACAUGCAGGAAAACAGCGUCAGCAUCUCCACUAAGGUGUUCCAAGGUUGUGGAAGCCCCAGGCCAGCUCCAGGACGCUCCAAACGCUCACCCAAAGAGUCAGGGGGCAACAGGAGGCCCUUCCGCACCUACAGCCCAGAGGAGAAACCCACCACUGCUGCAGGCACCAACCUGGACCGACUGGUUACCGAGCUGAAGGAGCGACUGCGCCCCAUGCGUGGCUUCUGGGUGUCCCUCCCACACACCAUCUGCAAUGAUGAGAAGAUGGCUGCAGACGUCACUAAUGAGGACCGCUGCUGGAACGGGCAGACUCGGGGGAGGUACCUGCCGGACGUGACGGGCGACGGGCUUGUCAGCCAGAUCAACAACCCCGAGGUGGAAGUGGACAUAGCCAGGCCGGAUGUGAGGACCAGACAGCUGAUCAUGGAGCUGAGGGUGGUGACCAACAAACUGAGACACGCUCAGAGCGGACAGGACAUGGACUUCAUGGACAGUGAGGAGGGCAGUGGCUCAGCAGGUGGAGAUCAGGGUGAAAGGUACAAUGAUGAUUGGCCCGGCUAUGGGCCUUACUCCCCGCCCUACAACAAACCCCCUCGCAGCCCCGCUUCCAACCCCGCAAAGCCGCCUCGAGUCCGAGAGAGAAACGGUUCCAAGUGGAACAAAAACAACAGCCACGGUCGGAUCCAAUCUGCAACCAGCCAGCUCUCUUUCUCCCUGGUUCCUUUGUUGUCUUUGCCUUUCAUGGUCACUGUUGCCACCAUGUGGAGAUAGCUGGUUAUUACAAUCUGGAGGUGGAAACUCAAGCACAUUAUGAAGAAAGAAAAAAGUAAUUCCAUUGUGUAACACCAGCAGUAAAACAAAACACAAAAACAGGCUAAUUUAGCAAUAAUAAAACCUGUUAAUAGCACAAAAUAAAUAGGUUAAAAUGAAUAACUUUCCUCCUUCCCAAGUCACGAAGGAGGUAAGACCAGGCAUUGAUAAUUACAAACAAAACUUUAUGACUACUGCCACUUCUUUUUGAACCAUUCGUUUGACCCGUUGUAGUCUUGAUGCUCAAUGGUGUGCAGUGCUGGAGAAACAAAAAGUAAAACAGCAGCAAACUUCUUAGUUCCAUUACGGUUGUGGUUCAUUUUUCAUCUUGUGGAAGUAGUAAGAUUUAAUUUACUCGCUUAAUCAAACCUCCGUAUUUUGGCUUGGAGAUUUAAAAAAGUCAAUAGUGUGACCAAACAAGGGGCUUAUUUUGAAUGUACCUCAAAUUAAUUUGGGGUUACUUGUGACAACAAGGGGUUGAUUAAUGUAAUAUAUUGAUGUUUUUAAUUUAUUUGUAAUAUAAUAUUUAAUUGUUCUUAUUAUGGUUUUUAAGGUGUUUUUAUCUUUUAAAAUUGUUUGUCUUUUGACUUUCUCUGGCAUAAAAAAAAGACAAAUCAAGUAUUUAUUGAUACUUUACAUGAACUAAUCAUUUCAAAAAUCACUUAAUUAUCGUACACUAUUAGGCGAUAAGACCAGCAAUUUAUUUUUGUGCCGUUUUAAGCCUAAACCAGAGAUUGUUAAGGAGCCGUGUGUGUGUGUGUGUGUGUGUGUGUGUGUGUGUGUGUGUGUGUGUGUGUGUGUGUGUGUGUGUGUGUGUGAAUGUGUGUGUUUGUAUGAUGGUUUUAUAUUGUUUGUUGUAUGUUCUGGUUUCACAGUUCUGGGAUGUUUUUUUAAUACCGUGCUUUUCUACUUAUUUUUCCUAAAAAGCAACAAAAGAUGAUGAAUACCGAGCGAGCGUGAAAUUGGAUUGAAUGUUGACGAAAAGACAAAAUGCUGUCAAGAAAUGAGAGACGAUGGCUCCUAAUUUUCGUACGCUGAAUGUGUUUCGAUGAAGAUAAAAUCAAAGAGUAUUGAAGGGAGGAGUGAAGAGAGUGAACUUAAAGGAUGGGAAAUACUCUUAUUUACUUGCCAAGAGUUAAGUGAGAAGAUUGAUGCCGCAGCCAGUUAGCUUAGCUUAGCAUAAAGAUCAGAAACACACGUAACCCCCGUAAAACUGCAAAUUGUCGUUUUUAUACAUAGGUUUUGUACAAAUUAAGCAAACUAGAUAAAACAUUAUAAUUAGUGAUCUUUAGAGGCGCCUUUUGAACGAACUGUCUGUCACGUUUUUUAAGCUAACUAGCUGCUAGCUCCAACUCUUAGCAAGAAAACCAAUAAGCGUAUUUCUCAAAAUGGUGAACCAUUUAGUGAAAGAUGAUGAAAGUCUGAUAGGAUCACAAAAAAGGGCAGCGAUAAAGACGAAGGGUAUAAAAAAAAGAAUGUAUAGAUGCUGUGAAAGGACACUUUUCUGUUGAACGAGGAAUCGUGAAGUUCUCUCGGUUGUAACAGAAGUACACUUCUACUCAAACGGGCUAUUUCACCUGUACAAAAAAAAAAAGCAAAAGAAGGGUUUCAUUCUAAAGUUUUGGCUAAAACAUUAACAUAC